GUUAAGAAGGGAAGGAAAGGUGGUGUUGAUAGAGGAAGGAAGAAAGGAAGCCUUCGGCUUUACGGCUUCGGCGAGGAGGAGGGGACUUGAAGGUUCGAUGGCGUCGGAGGUGGAGGACGCGCUGACCAACGGCGGCGCGGCGGAAGUCCGGCGGAGGAGGGACCAAGCGAAGGAGAUUCUGUCCAAGCAGGCCGUCAAGAUCGCCACCAAGGCCGAGGAGCACGAGCGAUUCAUCUUCAAGGUCACACACUUGCUGGGUGUUCUUGGAUUUGGGACAUUUUGCUACCUCUUGGGUGCCAGGCCACAGGAUGUGCCAUAUGUGUACUGCCUGUUCUACGUCAUUUUCGUUCCUCUCCGGUGGAUCUACUACCGCUAUAAGAAAUGGCAUUACUAUCUCCUGGACUUCUGCUAUUAUGCCAACACUUUCCUCCUUGUUAUGAUUCUGUUCUAUCCAAAGGAUGAAAAACUUUUCAUGGUUUGCUUCUCAUUUGCAGAGGGGCCGCUUGCUUGGGCAUUAAUUGUCUGGCGUUGCAGCUUGGUCUUUAGCUCAUUUGAUAAACUUGUUAGUGUCCUGAUACACCUUUUGCCUGGCAUAGUUCUGUUCACUAUCCGGUGGUGGAAUCCACAAACAUUUGCUGCAAUGCAUCCAGAAGGAAGAGCAGCCAGAGUCACAUGGCCUUAUGUGGAGGACAAAUCAUACCUUUGGAUGUGGCUGUUUGUUGUUCCUCUAGCUGCCUACACCUUGUGGCAACUUAUGUAUUUUCUCAUAGUAAAUGUGCUGCGCCGGCAAAGGCUGUUAAAGGAUCCUGAAGUCAUGACAUCAUACAGGGAACUCUCAAAGAAAGCACAGAAAGCAAACAACAUCUGGUGGAGACUCAGCGGGCUUCUUGGCGACAGGAACCGGCCACUGAUGUACAUACUACUCCAGGCGCUGUUCACGGUGGCUACGAUGGCGCUUACCGUUCCCAUAUUCCUGUCCUUCCGGAUGCAUGUGGUCUUCCAGAUACUCAAGGUGUGCGCGGCCACAUGGAACGGCGGAAGCUUCAUCCUGGAGGUGAUGCCUAGGCAGGUCGUCCAGAAGGAGAAGAAGAAGCUAGAGAUGAAGCCCAUGGAGCAGGCGAAUCCGGCACGAUCUGCUGUACAGCCAGAAGAGAGCCUACCAGCUGACGGCCAGCACUCAUCUGAGCAGCUAAGUCACUGAAAAAACCAAACGAUCGUAACUGUAGCAUUUUUCAGUUUUCACCAGCUAAUACACAGUGGAAUGUCGAAAGCUUUCUGUGUCUACUGUGCUUGAAACAAAUUAUCGAUGGUCUCAUGGGUUGAGAAUUUUGAUGCGUUUGAGGUUUGAUCCAGCCAGGGAGCAUUUCUCCAGUGUUGCCAUUGUCACUAGAAAUUGAAUUUGCAGCAAGUAUGCCUGAGUACAUGGUCGCACAGCUGGAAAACAGUUUUUUAAUCACACAAUGUUACCCGUUGUUUGCAUGA